AACAGCCACUCUUUACUUGCGUUUGGAGCCGUACAGUUGCUCGCUGAUUGUCUCCAGCAGAAGCUGUUUAUUUAACGAAUGGAACAUUGAUUUGACAUGACAUUUUAAAGCUUGGACCAAAAAAACAAAAAAAACAAACCCAAACCCAGGCUGGAUGAGUGGGCCAAGUUUUACCCCGCCUGCUGAGGUGGCUGAGAUAAACCGCAUCCAUUAUGAGCUGGAGUACACAGAGGGCAUCAGCCAGCGCAUGCGAAUUCCUGAGACCCUCAAGGUGGCGCCGGAGAGCAGAUCGGGGGCCGCUCUGCUUCAGCCACCUCUACCGGUUCACACAACUCUGAUGCAGGUUCCUGAAAGAAUUGUUGUUGCAAGUGACAAUGGAGAGUCGAGGUUUGUUCAACCAAGAGAUUUAGAUCUAAUUCAGUCAGUUCCAUCGGUGGACCUCCUGAACAUGAAGGCCCCGCCGCGUGUCCUCACCCUUACAGAACAGCCGCUGGACUCUCUGGAAAUGGACCAAGCUGCUAACUCACAGAGUAAUCCCAGCCAAACUGCCAGUUAUAGCACCCGCUCUCGGAGGGAACGCAGUGCAAGUGAGAACAUACCAGGUCGUCAUGGCAGCCAUUGUAGCAGAGGGGAUGUAAGGUUCUUCCAACCUUCCCCCUGUGCUAGCGUAACCCCCUCCCCCUCCGCCCCCCCUGUCCGCCUCUGUCCUCCCCUCUGUUCUCCAGAAGACGCAAACAUCAACCUGUAUACAGCUGCUGGGUUUCUGUCUUACGUUCAGUCAACGACACGCCGUGCUUACCAGCAGGUCCUCGAAAUCUUGGACGAUAGCCACCGGAGAACCCACUUGGACUUGGCUUUGGAUAUGAACCCUGACGAAUCUGGCUUAGUUGAUGCUUCAUCCCUGCGGCGUCAGAUUGUGAAGCUCAACAGACGUCUGCAGCUGCUGGAGGAAGAAAACAAAGAACGCUCCAAGCGAGAGGUGGCCCUGUACUCGACCACGGUGGCGUUCUGGCUCAUUAACUUGUGGAUCUGGUUACGUCGCUAAACCAGGAUACAGCCCGAAUCUCCAAAAACACUGGAAGUCAAAGUAAAUCCUUGUUCAGUCAGGAUAGGUCUCUUCUGGCAUUCCACAAUAAUUAAAAAAAACAAAUGUU